UAUUUUUGAGACAGAGCGAGACAGAGCAUGAGCAGGGGAGGGGCAGAGAGAGAAUGAGACACAGAAUAGGAAGCAGGCUCCAGGCUCUGAGCCGUCAGCACAGAGCCCGAUGCAGGGCUCGAACUCACAAACUGUGAGAUCAUGACCUGAGCCGAGACCUCAACCGACUGAGCCACCCAGGCGCCCCUAGGGUCCCUUUCCUUCUGUGGAUGGCCUCCUCAGAGCCUGGGUGAUGAUUCCUAGUGUGGGGAGGGGUAUAAGAGGACCAUCAUGCCUGCUCCCUUGCAGUGGUCCCAUGUCACUGACUUAUAUUGGGUGAGGUGGUGUGAUGGUCUCUGAAUGUUCAGCAGUAUGAGCAGGGUUGAGGGUGCUGUCAUCGACGCCCAGGGCAGAACAGCUGGAGCGGACUAGCUGUGUGACUCAAUACGUCCCUUCCCCUGUCUGGUCCUUAGUUUCCUUCUUUUGUAAAACAAGUGGGUUAGGCCAGACACCAGUGGUUUUCAACCACCCCGCCCCCCCCCCCCGACCGCCAUGAAUUCUUACACAGAGCCCUAACUUAAAAUAUAAAGUAGAACUGCUGUGCCUCCCCUUCCUCAUGCCGGUGGCUCCUGAAGCAGAGUUUAAAAAUCCCCUAAAUGAUCUUUGAGGUCCCUUUUUGUGAGGUUCUAGGAAAUCUGUGUUAACCCUCAGAAGUGUUGCUUAUUAUUAGGGUUGGGGGCAGGAGUAUGAUUUCUAGCGAUUCCAUUAAGAGAAAUGUGGGCAUUAAGAUGGGCUUCAUCCUUGGAAUGUCUAGAGCUGAUGGCCUGUGCCUCUGACCAAAAGCUGUAGCUGUGUCCCUCCCCUCUGACGUGUGCUUUCAUCUUUUCAGGGCCCGAAAGGUUCCUGUGCCCUGGGGCCUUUUCUGGGUCCUAACUGGUGAUUAUAAUUCCACCUCAGAGUUUCUCCCCUUUAGUUCAUGUUCCUACAUUGAGAAAAUUGAUAAAACACAAAUUCAUCUUGGGGAGAGAUAUCAGGAAGAGGCUUUAAGUUGUUAUUGGUUAUUUUAACUUGAAGCAUCUGAGCAGUGGCUUUGAGAAUGGAGACUGGGCCACUACCUUUAAAUCAACCAACAUUUAUGGAGCACCUGCUGUCUACCAGCUGCUACAAGGGGACAGAGGUGAGAAUGUCACCACCACUGCCCUCAUGGGGCUCCAAGACAGUAGGCAGGAGGGAAGGAAUUCAUAUUUGUUGGAACCAUCUAGACACUACUUAAAACAUUUUACGUAUGAUAUCUCAUUUUGUCCGAAAGUAGAUAUUAGUCUCAUAUUUUAUUAUGUAAAAUUUUGAUUGUAUGCAAAGUAAGUGUACAUACCACAUAGCCAUGUAACCACUGCCCAGAUCAAGAAACAGCAUUGCCUGUACCCUGAAACCCCCCUUGAGUCCUAGACAUCACCUCCCACCCAGGGGUAACCACUAUUCUGACUUUUAGCACCACAGGUGAGUUUUGCCUAAGUGGAAUCACACAGUAUGUAAUCUUUUCUGUCUGGCUUCUUUCAUUCAACAUUAUUAGGCUUGUGAGUUUCAUCUAUGUUGUUGCAGGUAGCCGUAGUUUAUUUAUUCUCAUUGUUGUGUAAUAAUUCUAUUGCAUGGGUAUAACUCUAUUUACGUAUCUAUUCUUCUAUUGAUGGCCAUUUGGUUGUUUCCAAUUUUUAGUUAUUACUAAUAAUGCUGCCGUGAACAUUCUGACAUGGGCCAUUUUGGAAGGCAUCUACAUGCAUUUCCCUUACGGAUGUCCAUAGAAACUGCCCAACAGAUUUCCAAAGUGGUUGUCCCAGAGUGUGCUUCUCCUGGCAGUGUUUGAGAGUUCUGAUUUCUCCACAUAGUCACCAACAGUAGGCAUUGUCCAGAUUCAUUUUCCAUGGCUGUAUGCUCCAGGCCUCAAUGAAGAGCCCAAACAUGGAGACGUUCAAGCAGCAGAAGGUGGAGGACUUUUAUGACAUCGGAGAGGAGCUGGGGAGCGGCCAGUUUGCCAUUGUGAAGAAGUGCCGAGAGAAGAGCACGGGGCUGGAGUACGCGGCCAAAUUCAUCAAAAAGCGGCAGAGCAGGGCCAGCCGGCGGGGCGUGUCCCGGGAGGAGAUCGAGCGGGAGGUGAGCAUCCUGCGGCAGGUGCUGCACCCCAACGUCAUCACGCUGCAUGACGUCUUUGAGAACCGAACCGACGUGGUGCUCAUCCUCGAGCUAGUGUCGGGAGGAGAGCUCUUUGACUUCCUGGCCCAGAAGGAGUCGCUGAGUGAGGAGGAGGCUACCAGCUUCAUCAAGCAGAUCCUGGACGGUGUGAACUACCUUCAUGCCAAGAAAAUUGCUCACUUUGAUCUCAAGCCAGAAAACAUUAUGUUGUUAGACAAGAAUAUUCCCAUUCCGCACAUCAAGCUGAUUGACUUUGGCCUGGCUCAUGAAAUAGAAGAUGGAGUUGAAUUUAAGAAUAUUUUUGGGACGCCAGAAUUUGUUGCUCCAGAAAUUGUGAACUACGAGCCCCUGGGCCUGGAGGCUGACAUGUGGAGUAUAGGCGUCAUCACCUACAUCCUCCUAAGUGGAGCAUCCCCUUUCCUGGGAGACACAAAGCAGGAAACGCUAGCAAAUAUCACAGCAGUGAGUUACGACUUUGAUGAAGAAUUCUUCAGCCAGACCAGCGAGCUAGCCAAGGACUUCAUCCGGAAGCUUCUGGUGAAAGAGACCCGGAAACGGCUCACAAUUGAAGAGGCUCUCAGACACCCCUGGAUCACGUCCAAAGGAGAAGUCAGAGCCCCGGAACAGCAGGAGACAGAGCCUGCCCAGCUGAAGACCAAGCGCCUAAGAGAAUACACCCUCAAAUGCCACUCAAGCAUGCCUCCCAAUAACACCUAUGUCAACUUUGAGCGUUUUGCCCGUGUAGUAGAGGACGUGGCUCAGGUGGACCAGGGAUGCCGUGCCCUGGCAGGGACCCAUGACACCAUCCAGGACGACGUGGAGGCUCUGGUCUCCAUAUACAAUGAGAAGGAAGCUUGGUACCGGGAGGAGAGUGAGAGCGCCCGGCACGACCUCUCCCAGCUCAAGUAUGAGUUCCGCAAAGUGGAGUCCUUGAAGAAGCUCCUACGAGAAGACAUCCAGGCCACAGGGUCCAGCCUCGGAAGCAUGGCCAGGAAAUUGGACCAUCUGCAGGCACAGUUUGAAGCUUUAAGGCAGGAGCUCUCAGCAGACCUACAGUGGAUCCAGGAACUGGUGGGCAGCUUCCAGCUGGAGAGUAAGAACACAGAUGGCCUGGGCUCCGUGUUCUGCAGGGACACCAGGGAGUCCCUAGUGGAGCAGCUCGACAGAUCAUGCAGCAAGGAAGUCUUGGCUGGCUUGAAACUCUGAGCACCAGAAUCUACCGGUGGACAACCAGCAAGCCCUGGUCCGCAGGGAGUCUGUGGUCAACCUGGAGAAUUUCAAGAAGCAGUAUGUCC